AUGGACAACAAGAUGAGCAGCCUUGUCAUGCCGCCGCCCUGCGGCCAUGGCUGGGAGAUGAUGGAGGCCAUGAGGAGGCAGCAGGACCUUGUGAUGCAGCUACGAGCGCUCGUCCUCCCGCUGCUCCACGGCGUCAUCGAUGAUACCUUCUCAGCCACCGAGAUCGCCGUCCAGCUCUUUGACGACGUGAUCGGCUGCAACAUAGGCGUGGUGUCUAUGCUUGAGGGCUGCCUCAUGAGUACCGGAGGCGGAGGUGGACCUUCGGGAGAUCCAGUCGUCCACGACAAGUCAUUGGUGAGGAAGAAUAGCACUCCUAAUGGUGAGAAGAUGACGGAGGAGCAAGCGCGAUUGGCGAAGCAGCCUAAUAGCGUUGGUCAAAAGAGAAGGAGCUACUACAGAUGCGCCUACAGAGAACGGAACUGCUUAGCAACAAAGACAAUUGAGGAACAAGAACCAAAUGACGAUGAUGGUACCGGUAAUAGUUCCAUAGCCGGCGAGGAAAGUGCAAAGUACAGUGUCGUGUACUAUGGUGACCACACUUGCAAGGACCAUCAUACCAUCAGCAUGGUCCGGCUUCCCCAACUCGUUGGAAGUAUGGAUCUUCAUCAGAGCACAGAAAUGCCUCAAACAAGUAUAGAUGUUCAAGAGUCUGAGGCAGACUUGGACUUGCCAGCUUUACUAGAGGUGUUCGAUAGUUCUCUCAUUGAUUGGGAGGCACUAUACCGCAGCCCCAAUGCAGCGACUUCAUAG